AUGUGGGAAUGCCUCAAAGAAUGUUUUCUUAGUGUCUUUACAUGUUCGCGGUUAAACUUCUGUCGAUGGGUAAAAACAUUCUGGACACAAAAUGGUUUGCUUACUCUUUCGGUUCUUUCUGUUGUAACGGGGUGCCUUAUUGGAUUUUUACUCAGAAUACUGGAGCUCAGCGAUUUGGAAAAACAAUACUUUUCCUUCCCUGGGGAAUUGCUAAUGAGAAUGCUCAAGAUGUUAAUUCUACCUCUUAUUACUUCCAGUUUAAUGUCUGGAUUAGCAACAAUGGAUUCAAAAGUUUGCGGAAGAAUGGGUCUCAUUACUAUCACAUAUUACCUAUGGACAACAUUUCUGGCUGUUGCAUUAGGAAUCAUAUUGGUGAUUUGCAUUCAUCCUGGUGCUGCAGCACAAAAGGAGGAUCAUAUUGUCGGAAAACCUGUUCUAAGUUCUGCAGAUGCUUUGCUAGAUUUAAUAAGAAAUAUGUUUCCUGCCAACCUGAUAGAAGCUUCUUUCCAACAGUACAGAACUAUUUUAGUUCCAAUUGUCAAAACUCAAGAUACUCGCCAAGUGGCCAGAAAGCCAAUUAAUUUUGUGUACUUUGCUCCAGAUGAAAAAAAUCCAUUGAUUCAUCAAUCUUUGAUCUUAGAAAUUACACCAUCUCCUGAUGUGAAAUACAAAACUUUGCCUGGGACAAAUACAGAAAUGAAUGUUUUAGGAAUUGUAAUUUUUUCUGCUACAAUAGGUCUCCUGCUAGGUAAGAUGGGUGAAAGAGGAACUCCAUUAGUCAAUGUGUGUCAAUGUCUGAAUGAAGCAGUAAUGAAAAUUGUUGCAGUUGCAGUUUGGUACUUUCCGUUUGGAAUAGUUUUCCUGAUUGCUGGGAAAAUUUUGGAAAUGGAGGACCCAUCUGUAAUUGGGAGGAAGCUGGGACUCUAUGCUAUAACAGUUAUGGCUGGACUAAUAAUACAUGGUGUAGUGCUUCUACCACUAUUAUACCUUAUUAUUACCAAGAAAAACCCAUUUUCAUUUAUAAAAGGAAUACUCCAGGCUCUUCUAAUUGCUCUUGCCACUUCCUCAAGUUCUGCAACUCUACCGAUAACACUAAAAUGCCUUUUAGAAAAUAAUAAAAUAGACCGGCGUGUGGCCAGAUUUGUUCUUCCAGUUGGUGCUACUAUCAAUAUGGAUGGCACUGCAUUGUAUGAAGCUGUGGCUGCAAUAUUUAUUGCCCAAGUGAAUGAGUAUGAUCUAGAUUUAGGACAAAUCAUUACAAUAAGCAUAACAGCUACAGCAGCAAGCAUUGGGGCUGCAGGUAUACCACAGUCGGGACUGGUCACCAUGGUGAUUGUGCUGACAUCAGUUGGACUACCUACUGAUGACAUUACGCUGAUUGUUGCAGUCGAUUGGGCUUUAGAUCGGUUUAGAACAAUGACCAAUGUCCUUGGAGAUGCUUUGGCUGCUGGGGUUGUAGCUCACGUGUGUCGGCAAGAUUUUGCUGCUAAUCCAGAAACGGGAUGGACUAGGGAAACAACAGGAUCCAUCGCUGCCGGGAGAGCCACCCAAGCUGAGGAUCCUGCUUCAGGAACCGGAUCUGUCUGUUGAAACAACACCAUUACAACUGUCUUCAAAUGAUCCACAGCAACAAGGUGAUUGUCAGAUUAUGGAGAUGAUUGAAGAAUCACGAUAUGAGAAAAGAAGAAUCCAGUUUAAUAUCUGUCAGGUGUAACACAAGCACACAUUA